GCUGUCACACAGUGUGUCUGUGUCUGUCAGAGACGAACAGAAGUGGAGGAGUCGCUUCACACUUUUUAACUCUAUAUGUUUACAUUCAGCUUGUCCUUUGGUCAGAAAACAUACGUGCUUUUAUUGCUGUUCUUUGAACCAACUGUUCAACCGCUCACUUGUGCAACAUUUGAACAGAGACUUGUGAAAACAUGUUUUACCCAACGACUGCUCAAGAAAGACUGACGUAGCUACUGUGGCGUCUACAUUAACGUUUUUGCACAGAACACUGUUACUGAUAAGUAACUGUGUGGACCUCAUGUAAUCAGAAUCCUAUUUGACCAGGCGACACACACCAUGGCCACCUCUCAGCAGUCCAUGUUUAAAUGCUGUAUUUGUCUUGACGACUUCACCGAGCCCGUCUCCACUCCCUGCGGACACAACUUUUGUCAAGUCUGUAUAAACAAUUACUGGGACUCAUUAGACACGAUCCAGUGUCCACUUUGCAAGCAAACCUUCAACAAAAGGCCGCUGCUGAGCGUGAACGUCCUGCUCAGAGAUCUGAUCGGGCAAAAACAGACAAAAACCUCCCCGGAGGAGACCAACCAGACCCACAAAACGCCAGAUAUUCUGUGUGAUGUGUGUGCUGGAGAGGAGAAGAAAGUGAAGGCAGUAAAGUCCUGUCUGCUCUGUGAGGAAUCUUUCUGCUCUGAACACGUGAAACCUCACCAAGAUGACGAAAAGCUGAAGAGUCAUGAGAUGCUGGAUCCUGUCAGCCGACUGAAGGACAGGCUCUGCAAGCAGCACAAAGCUCCUCUGGAACUGGUUUGUCAUAGUGACCUGACUUGUGUGUGCGUGUUGUGCAUCAAAUCCAACCACAAAGACCAUCAGUGUGUCCCUCUGAAGAACCGCUUGGGAAAGAAAAAGGCCAAGGUGGACCGAGAACUUUCUGAACUGCGGCAGCAGAUCAAGGACAGGAGAAAGAUAUUGAGCGCAGUUGAUGAGUCAAUGGAGCUCAGUCAGGAGAACACCACAACAGACAUUGCGGACGUCCUGGAGAUCUUCACUCACAUCAAAGAAGCAGUACAAUUAAGUGAGACGCGACUUGUGUCAGCGAUCACAUUGCUGCAUAGCAAAAGUGAAAGUCGCAACGAGACUAUCAAAGACAAUGUUCAAGAGGAAAUCUCUGAACUGGAGGACAGAAAAGAUGAACUGGAUCAUCUCUCCCAGAUAAAAGACGACAUCCGUCUUCUACAGAGUCUGCAUUCUCUGAGUGAGCCACCGACUACUAAGAACUGGUCAGAGAUCAGCAUCUACAGUGAUUCAGCAGUGGCGAGCGUGAGAAAUGGAGUCAGUAAACUUCUCCUCGAACUUCACAACAGGAUGCAAAAUGAGACGAAAAAAAUUGUUAGAAAAGGCAAGGAUAAGUUAAAAUAUUUUCUUUACAUAUUUAUCACCUUAAUUUCAGCAGUAAAGAGAAUUCAAAAAUAUGCAGUGGAUGUAACUUUGGACUCCAAUACAGCAAACGAUCAACUCAUCGUCUCCAGUGAUGGGAAACAAGUGAGAAAUGGAGGUUUGACUCAGAAAGUGCCGGACAACCCAGAGAGGUUUGACAUUCUACUUGGUGUGCUGGGAAAAGAAGGCUACUCCUCCGGUGCCUUUUACUUUGAGGUGAAAGUGGAAGGUAUGACAUCGUGGGACAUUGGGGUUGCCUUGGAAACAGUGGACAGGAAAGGCCUGUAUCAAGUCGGUCUCGAUAAUGGCUACGUCAUCCUGACGCUGAGAGAUGGGAAGAACCUGAAAGCCUGUGACCAAAAUCACGUGGAGCUCGAUGCCUCCAAGACCAUCAAGAAGGUCGGGGUGUUUGUAGACCAUGAGGAGGGAGAGGUUUGCUUUUAUGAUGUUGGGAUGAAAACCCACAUCUACUCGUUCACUGGCUGCAAGUUUCCCAAGAAGAAACUGCUCCCAUAUCUUAACACCUGCACGCACACGGAUGGGAAUAACUUUCCGAUGGUGAUCACUCCAGUCAAGUAAAAGACCCGGAUCAUUUUCCCUCUGAUGAUGGCACACUGUGUGUUUUUUUUUUUUUUUUUUUUGAGAUCAGCAGCACAGCAAACGCAAACUAUCUGAGUGAGAGCAAUUAAUGUUGUUGUCCUUGCUGUGUCAUGAGCUUAGGGGUACACAUAUAGUUUCCAGCCUAUACUGUUAAUGUCUGAAUGAUGUAUUCAGUGUGGAUGAGAAAAACACAUUGAUUUGCGAGUUGAAGUAGAUUGUGUUUGUUCAUAACGGAAACUGAGAUGAAGAUCAGAAUAUAUUUAAACACAGAUUUUAGACAUAAAUGCAACUAAUUCUCUGCAGUUGACCUACUCUUUCUUACCAGCAUUCAACAUAUAAUGAGCUCAGGCUUUGUUAAAUGAUACCAGCAUAUAAGAGCAUUAUACAAUUAAUUUCUUCAUGUGUUUUGACCAGACAGAACUGUCCUCUCUCGCCUCUGAAAAUCAUCUGUGUAGGGUAUUUAAGUAAUACAGGCUGGUCUGCAGUUAUAUUACACUUAAAUAAAAAUAUCUUUUCAUCAGCAA